ACUUGCGCAAUUCCCUGUCCCCAAUUCUCUCGCGCAAAGCUUACGAAAACCUAGAAAAUAAAGCUCAAAAUUUGCCUCCAUUUCUGUACAUAUACGCGCAUAUCUACAUCUCCGAAGCAUAUUCGGUGGAACUCAAUUGUGAAUACUAGUCAAUAUAUAUAGAUAGAGAAUGGAGAAUCCGGAGCAGGAAGAAGAUGUUUACGGAGGAGAAUUUCCCGAAGAAGGAGACAUGGAUGCCGAUGUCGACAUGGCAGCUCUCGCUGAAGCCGAAGCUCAGGAAGAUCCUAAUGCUAAACAGGAUUUGGAGAACAUGAAGAAGCGGCUGAAGGAGAUUGAGGAGGAAGCAGGUGCCUUGCGCGAAAUGCAGGCCAAAGUCGAGAAAGAAAUGACCGGUGUUCAAGAUCCAAAUGCUGCUUCUGCCAGUCAGGCUGAGAAGGAGGAGGUGGAUGCCCGUUCAAUCUAUGUUGGUAAUGUGGACUAUGCCUGCACACCAGAGGAAGUGCAGCAGCAUUUUCAGUCUUGUGGCACAGUGAACCGUGUGACUAUUUUAACAGAUAAAUUUGGCCAGCCUAAAGGAUAUGCUUAUGUGGAAUUUGUUGAAGUUGAGGCUAUUCAAAAUGCACUGUUGCUAAAUGAAUCAGAGCUACAUGGCCGUCAAUUGAAGGUGUCAGCCAAGCGAACCAAUGUUCCUGGCAUGAAGCAAUUUCGAGGUAGACGCUUCAAUCCCUAUGCAGGGUUCCGAUCACGCAGGCCAUUUGUGCCAGGUGGAGCGGUCUUCCCUCCUUUUUCUUCUGGGAGGGUUCCAAGGUUCAGGCGGGGCCCAGUCCGCUACAGGCCCUACUGAUGAUAUUACUUGGGUAGUUACUGUGCCACCUGCCCUCAGUUGCAUAAAAAGAAUUCCUAUUCCACGGGUUCUCUUUCCCUUCUUUGAAAUGAUGUUGAGAGGGAUGUUGGUGAUAACUUGUAACCUCAAAUGUACGGCUAAAUGGCCAACUUAAUCUGCAGUGUUUCUAAAAACAAGUGUGUUGCGCUGAUGAUUGAUGAAUAUGUCUUUAUAAACUUGUUCAUUUAUAACGUGCAAUUAGGCUGCAGUGCACGGGCAAAUUGAUGAAUAUUCCUGUACGACUCUUGUAAUUUGAUGAGUUUUUCUUCCAGGUUACACAAAAUCUAGUGCUCCUGUAAAUG